CUCCUCUCGGACGCCUUCAGUGCAUAGUCCGAGCCUUUCAUCGUUCUAUUCAUCUACGCCCUGACAUCAGGGUGAAGUUAUCUGCGCCUGUCAUUUUUUCUCCGCAAAAUACAAGUCGAUUUCAUAUACACGGCAGUCUCAGCAUCAUGGCAUCAGCGCAAGCUGUGAGCAAAUUAUACAAGCCAGUACGCGAGCUUGUACUCGGGGCAACCGAUGAAGCAAGCGGGUCAGACUUCGGUCUGCCUUCGCACCAGAGAGAAGUAGCAGAGUGGAUCGACAAGGUUGCGAAAAGGGAUAUCGGAAGCGUGGAAGGGCUUAAGGACCUGGAUACGCAGUUGACACCAAAGACGUACAUUGUUGACAACUACUUCACUGCUGCAGAUGUCGCAGUAUAUGGAGCGUUACAUCCCGUUUUCUCUGAACUUCAACCUGCGCAAUACUAUUCCCUUCCUGCUCUUACCCGUUACUUCGAUCAUAUACAGAACUAUCCUAGCGUCCGCAAAUCCGCGGACGCACUCUCCCCUUCAUUCUCUCUUGUUCCCAUUGAUAUCGAGAACGCGCCAAAAUUGGAGCGGAAAGCUGAUCCUCCAAAGGAAAAGAAGAAGAAAACUACGGCUACUGAAGCCUCUGCUGCACCACCAGCGGAUUCGGGUAAAGCGUCUGCCGCAGCCGGUCCCCCGUCUGAGAGCUCCGCCCCCGCUGAAAGCAGCAAGGGGCAGAAGAAAGAGAAAAAGGACAAGAAAGAAAAGAAGGAGGCCGGUGAAGGAGGUGACAAGGGAAAGAAGAAGGGCGGUGAGAGUGCCAAGGCAGCGGCAGAUGACUCGGGAGAGCCUGUGCCUUCCAUGAUCGACAUGCGGGUAGGACACAUCGUGGAAGUCGCCAAACACCCUGAUGCGGACAGCUUAUAUGUCGAGCAAAUCGACUUCGGUGAAGAGACCGGCCCAAGGACGGUUGUUUCAGGUCUUGUAAAUUAUAUUCCCAUCGAGCAGAUGAGGGACAGGUACCUUGUCGGUAUUUGCAAUUUAAAACCUGCAAACAUGAGGGGUGUGAAGAGUUUUGCCAUGGUUCUUGCGGCUACGUCGAAGGACGGCAAAGAGGGUGGAGUCGAGUUGAUCGAGCCCCCGCCAAACUCGAAACCUGGUGACAGAGUGUACUUCGAGGGUCCGGAAUUCGAAAACGCGACUCCCUUACCGCAGCUAAACCCGAAAAAGAAGAUUUUCGAGACCAUCCAACCAGGUUUCACGACCUUGGAGACUCGCGAGGCUGCGUGGAUAAAUCCGGCUACGAAAAGCAUCCACAGGAUCCGCACGGCGAACGGUGUCUGUGUCGCGCCCAACUUUGUCGGCGCUUCCCUAUCGUAGAUGUGUCCAACAAUCUGGGAUAGUAGGUCAUUGACAGCUCUGGUAGAGUAAUCGGUGGCAAUGCAGAAGAAAUUGUAUCACUCUCUCCGAGGGGUCGCAGCAGCUAGCACGUAGAAUGCGAGAAGGGAGCAAGAUCGUAAUGGACCGCGGAUCUUCUUUAAUGAGAGUUUG